AACGUCGCCGGGAGGGUGCGGAUCCCGGCGACGAAGCAGCAGCAGCCGAGACUCCCCCCAUUCCCUCCGCGCGGCAGCCCCGCGGCGGGGUCUGGCUGUUCCCCGGAGGGUCUCCGCCGGAAUCGGAGAGAAGCAGAAACUGUCUGAAGUCAUGUGACUUAUCACAGCGCAGAGCAGACCCAGUGCCUGGAAUUAAGUAUAAGAUAAGUGAGGUACAGACCCGGGGAGACCACCUGCUGCCUUUGGUCACGUGGUGGACUUUUACUCUGUCUGGGAGUUCUUCGGAGCUGCCGUAAAUGACCGCAGACUGGGGCCUUCAAACAACAAAGUGGUUCUCUUGCGUCUAUUCCUUGCCUCUGAGCUUCUGGUUGCCAUCAGUCAUUUUAACUUCCCUUGUGGCCGCGUAACUCCACCCUCUGCCUCCACAGUCACAGGGCCUUUUCCUUGUUUUCUUUGUCUCGUCUCCUGCCAAGACCCUACCUGCAAAGGAGGUCCUAGGUACAGUGGGUUGACAUCAAGCCAUGGCACCCAAUUUGGAAGGAAGUGAAGAUGCUCUGCUCCCCGAUUUCCCCAGAGGGCCGCUGCAUGCAUACCGCUCACGCGCCUCCUUCAGCUGGAAGGAGCUGGCGCUGUUCCUGGAGGGCGAGGACAUGCUGCGCUUUAAGAAAACCAUCUUCUCAGCUUUGGAGAACGACCCCCUCUUCGCCCGUCGUGGUGGACACGACCUCUCCAUGGAGACGUACCGUGAGCUGAACUUCCUGCGCUGCAAGCGGCUCUUGGAGUACGACAUCUUCCGCAUGGACGACCUGCUCCAGAGCCCUCUCAAAUGCCUGGCGCUGGUCAACUGUCUGGGCAUGUACGACUGGUCCCUGGCCACCAAGGUCUUCCUGCACACUUUUGUUUUUGGAUCAGCGAUUUACAACUCUGGUUCUGAAAGACAUUUAAAAUACAUUCCAAAGAUCUUGAAUAUGGAGAUCUUUGGAUGCUUUGCUCUGACCGAAGUGAGUCACGGGAGUAACACCAAGGCCGUGCGAACGACCGCACACUACGACCCCACCACCCAGGAAUUCAUCAUACAUUCCCCUGAUUUUGAAGCCGCCAAAUUUUGGGUCGGCAACAUGGGCAAGACAGCGACACACGCGGUGGUGUUUGCUCAGCUGUACAUGCCGGGGGGCCAGUGCCACGGCCUCCACCCCUUCAUCGUGCAGAUUCGGGACCUGAAGACCCUUCUCCCCAUGCCUGGUGUGAUGGUGGGCGACAUAGGGAGGAAGCUCGGGCAGAAUGGUCUGGACAACGGGUUUGCCAUGUUCCACAAGGUCAGGAUUCCUCGCCAGGACCUCCUGAAUCGGACUGGAGACGUCACCCCUGAGGGCACCUAUGUCACCCGCUUCAAGGACAGCCGGCAGCGCUUGGGAGCGUCCCUGGGCGGCCUGUCCGCGGGCCGGGUCUGCAUCGUGAGCAUGUCCGUCGUGAACCUGAAGCUGGCCGUGUGCAUCGCCCUGCGUUUCUCAGCCACACGGCGACAAUUUGGGCCCACUGAUGACGGGGAGGAGAUACCAGUCCUCGAGUACCAGCUGCAGCAGUGGCGCCUGCUCCCGUACCUGGCGGCUGCCUACGCCUUAGACCACUUUUCCAAGUCGCUCUUCCUGGACCUGGUGGCGCUUCAACAAGGCCUUCAGAGGGACGACCGGAGCCCCAGACAGGCAGAGCUCGGACGUGAGAUCCAUGCCCUGGCGUCGGCCAGCAAGCCCCUGGCCUCAUGGACUGCCCAGCGGGGAAUCCAGGAAUGCCGGGAGGCAUGCGGAGGACACGGCUACCUGGCCAUGAACCGUCUGGGCAGCCUCAGGGACGACAACGACCCCAACUGCACCUACGAGGGCGACAACAACGUGCUGCUGCAGCAGACCAGCGGCUACCUGCUCGGGCUGCUCGGGCGCUCGGGCCCAGGUGGUACUCGUUUCGAGAGCCCGCUGAAGAGUGUGGACUUUCUGGAAGCCUACCCCGCCAUCCUUGGCCAGAGGUUCGAGGUGGCCAGCCUCCAGGACUGCUUGGACUCCUCAGUGCCCCUGGCGGCCUAUGAGUGGUUGGUCUGUUACCUGCUCCGAGAGAGUCACCAGAAACUCAGUCAAGAGAAGAGAUCGGGAAGCGGUGACUUUGAAGCAAAGAACAACUCUCAGGUGUAUUGCUGCCGCCCCCUGGCCUUGGCGUUCCUGGAGCUCACUGUGGUGCGCAGGUUCCACGAGCACACGCACCGGCCCGGCGUCCCGCCCCAGCUGCGGGCCGUGCUCCGUCGGCUCAGUGCCCUCUACGGCCUGUGGUCCCUGAACCAGCACAGCGCCCUGCUCUACCGAGGUGGCUACUUUUCUGGCGAGCAGGCAGGAAAAACGGUAGAGCGCGCCAUCCUGGAGCUGUGUUCGCAGCUGAAAGACGAUGCGGUGGCCCUGGUGGACGUGAUCGCCCCUCCCGACUUUGUCCUGGACUCUCCGAUUGGCAGAGCUGACGGCCAGCUCUAUAAAAACCUCUGGAACGCCGUCCUUCAGGAGAGCAAGGUGCUGGAGAGGGCGCCGUGGUGGCCAGAGUUUUCGGCCAACAAGCCUGUCGUUGGGAGUCUGAGCGCGAAGCUGUAGCUGCCCGGCACACGGGGAGCCAGGCCCGAUGAAGCCAGUGGAGGACGGACCUCGAGUCCCAGCCCUGCUCUCUGAUAACUUGCCUCUGCUCCUGACUGGCUGGUGGCCUUGCACCACCAGGGCCUGGCCCAGCCCAGCCCAGCCGGACCCUCCUCCUGAGUCCCACCAGGAGGGGCAGCCCCAGAAUUCAGGGGUCAUCUGCUGUGUGAAUAGAAACCCCCUGUGAUCGCAUCUUCCUAACGGACCGUCAACUUGUGAUAAGGGUUUGCACCUGUUUUUCAUCCACGGAGCGCAAAGCCGACGGCCCAGGCCCAGGCCUCGGCCUCCUGGUCAGCAGCUGCUGCUCUGCAAUCAUCGGAGGGUUCACUGGGCUCGCUCACCCGGGGCUGGGCGCUGCCCAUCUGAUUCUCUGCCCACUCGAUUUCACCAUGUGAUCAAAUGGUAACUUUCCUGAUUCGCCCUGUAGACCAUCUGAACGGCAUUGGUUCAGAUUUUUAAGAAAAAGAAUAAAUCGGGUUUAUUCCUUGUGUGGAGCUGGA